CUAAUAGUAAUCUGAGCUAACACGAAAGACUAGAAAGAAAGGAAUGGAAACACAGGCAGGGGCACAAACUAGAUCUGCGCUUCACAGGGAGUCUCAGUUCAUAACCAUGUUUAUUUGCUCCAGAGUGGCUUGCCAAUGGUUAACUUCAUCAAGUAAAUUGGAGAUAGCUUGGUUGGCUGCUCUGAAUUUCAACUAAGAAACAAGAUGCAUGCUUCUGGAUAAAUUCCUACUGUAUGCUGGACAGAAGCAGUGCAGUGGGAGCUCGGCACUAUAAUCUCCAGGCUCGUUCCUGUUCUGAUUGCAGGCACCUUCAUGAAUAUGUUUGAGCUUGCAGGAUAAUGAAUGGUCAGGUGACAGUGUUCCUAUUUGUUGGAUGCUUUCUUUUCUACAGAGUGAGUCAUAUACCAAGCAGAUUGUUUGUACCUCGCUAACCAAGUGCUGUCUUCUUGCUAUAUCUAACAGAUCUAUACAGUCUCUUUUAUACUGCAGCAUUGAAAAAUAACAGGGAGAAGAUCCUAAUGCUGCGCAACAUGGCUUUUUCAGUUAUACUAAUACUUCUUAUUAUAUCGUCAUCUGAAAUGAGUGAGUCUGAAUUUUCAUUGAUGAAUUCUUGUAAAUCACUUUGCUUUUGUGAGGAAAAGGAUGGCACACUGUUUGUGAACUGUGAAGGAAAACAUUCUGUUGAAUUAAUGGAGUUAACCAUACCACCAUCUCAAUAUUUGGAUAUUAAUCUCAUGAACAGUGGUCUGUAUAAGCUGCAUAGGGAUGAAUUUUCAAGCUUUAGUAACAUCAUAUCACUUCACCUUGGAUUUAAUUAUAUCGACGAUAUUGAACCAGGAGCAUUUAAUGACCUCCGUAUCCUUAAAAAACUUCACAUUAACCACAAUUCAUUAGAGAUACUUAAGGAAGACACUUUUAUGGGACUGGAAAAUUUGGAGUUUCUUCAAGCAGACAACAAUUUUAUUACCACCAUUGAAGUCAAUACAUUUAGCAAACUUAACAGGUUAAAAGUGCUAAUACUCAAUGAUAAUGCCAUUGAUUUCUUACCUGCAAAUGUUUUUCGCUUUGUACCCUUGACACACUUAGACUUAAGAGGAAACCAGUUGCAGACUUUACCAUAUGUUGGUCUUUUAGAACACAUAGGAAGAAUAAUAGAGUUCCAGAUUGAGGACAAUAGAUGGGUUUGUGACUGUGAAUUGUUACAGCUGAAGAUCUGGCUGGAAAAUUUGCCUCAGCAAUCAACAGUAGGUGAUGUUGUAUGUUAUAAUCCUCCACAUUUGAAAGGGUCUAUUCUGAGAAAAUUAAAAAAAGAAAUGAUCUGUUCUACAUAUCCUAAUAAUGAGCUCAUAGACUCUUCUGGACCAUUAUCGCUUAUUGGCACAGCUUCAGUCAUUGAUAGCCAUUCUCCAACAAAGAUAACAUCAGUUCAGAAAUUUCCUACAAAGGAAACCAUAUUUGCUUUUCCUAAAUCACCUACUUUGCUCCCAGACACACAUUGUCCAAUACCGUGUCACUGUUCUAGUCACACAUCAUCAGGAACUUUAAUCCAUUGCCAAGAACGUAACAUUGAAAGUGUGUCUGAUCUUGGGUCACCACCACAAAAUCCAAGAAAACUGUUUCUGGCAGGAAACAUAAUCCACAUGCUUUAUAAAUGGAACUUUAUUGAAUAUGGAAGCCUAGAAAUGCUUCAUUUGGGAAAUAACCACAUUGAAAUAAUUGAAGAAGCAUCCUUCGUGAAUUUGACUAAACUAGAAAAGCUGUAUUUAAAUGGCAAUCAGUUAAGAAGCUUAAAUGCAGGCUUAUUUAUUGGACUGCCAAAUAUUGAAUAUUUGUUCUUGGAAUAUAAUGCCAUCAAAGACAUUUUACCUGGAACAUUUUCAUUAAUGCCAAAACUUAGAGUUCUUUAUUUAAACAACAAUCUUUUGCACACAUUGCCAGACUACAUUUUUGCUGGCGUUCCCUUAGCGAAAUUAAAUCUUAAAACAAAUCAAUUUACAAUUUUCCCAAGUAAUGUAUUAGAAGACCUGAACUGGUUAGUACAAUUUGAACUUCAAGAGAAUCCUUGGAACUGUAAUUGCAAUUUACUUGAGCUUAAAAUCUGGAUACAAACGCAUAAACAUGCCAUUGUCAGUGAGAUUUUGUGCAAUGCCCCAAAAGAGCUGAGUAAAAUGGAUUUAAAAUCAUUACAUAAGGAAACACUGUGCACAGAGUUCAUAAACAAUCAACAGAUUCCUACACAGUUAACUUUUAUCAACCAAACCUCUCCAAGUACCAUACCCAGUCAAGUUGAUAAUAUAUUAAAAUCACUUUCUGAUUACAUACCACUGUCUGUCUUGAUUCUUGGUCUCCUUAUAUUUUUAAUUACAGCCGUGCUCUGCUCUGCUGGAAUAAUUGUUCUUGUUUUACAUAAACGUCGCAGACACAAAAAGAAACAGGAAAAUGGAAACAUUAGAGAAACCAGUCCCGUCCAUAUUCAAUACAGUAUGUACGGCCAUAAAACCACACAUCAUACAACAGAACAACCAUGCUCAACUCUUUCUGAGCAGCAACUUACAAGUCCUGCCAUUCAGGUUUAUCAGAGUCCGCCAUUUAGCCAUAAACAAUCUGAACAAGAAAUAGAUGAUGACAAAGAUGUCACAGACCCCCAAAAAAUGUAUAGAGGUCUUUUCAAUGAAGAAAGUAAUCCAAUGUUGGCUAAUUUAAAUAUGAAAUUCGGUGGCAAAGAUCAUUCUGCAGAAUUUCUGCCUUUCCAUGAUGCAAGUUAUUUGUACAGAAACAUAAUUGAAAAAGAAAAAGAAAUUCAACAGCUUGGAAUUGCUGAAUAUUUAAGGAAAAACAUCAGUAAUUUACAACCAGAUACUGAAGUACAUUAUCCAAGAACUCGCGAUGAGUUAAAAUUAAUGGAAACAUUUAUGUAUUCUAGACCACGGAAGGUUUUGGUAGAGCAGACUAAAAAUGAAUAUUUUGAACUUAAAGCCAAUCUCCAUUCCGAACCUGACUAUUUGGAGGUCUUAGAACAACAGACUUAAACCAUCAUGACACAUUUUAAGAAGCUAUCAACUAUUUUUUUGCAACGUAAAGUGCCUCACUGACUUAAUCAUCAAAACCAACAAAUAAAACAUAGCAGAUCUCAGGGAUACAUGUGCACAGAUGUACAGUGCCUUCCACUAAUAUUAGCACCUUUGGUAAAUAUAAUCAAAGAAGGAUGACAAAAAUAUUUUUUAGAAUUUUUAUUGUUUAACAUUUUGAUCUUUUUUUUCGUAAAAUACACAAAAAUACUCUGCUCUCAUGGAUGUCAAACAAUUGCAAACACAACACAGUUUUUUUGCAUUAAAAAUAAUUGUUAAAUAUAUGUGUGACACAAUUAUUGGCACCAUUUUAGUGAAUACUUUGUGCCACCUCUCUUUGUCACGAUAACAGCUAUGAGGCGGACAAUACAUGUCAAGAGAUCUAAGACUAUUCCUCCAUACAGAACCUCUCCAGAUUUUGAGGUCAAUGCGGGUGGACUCUCUUUUUCAGUACACCCCAAGGUUUUCUAUAGGGUUCAUUUUAGGGGACUGGAAUGGCCAUGGCAGGACCUUGAUUUUGUGGUCAGUAAACCAUUUUUGUGUUUUUUUUAUGUGUUUUCUGAAUCAUUGUCCUGCUGGAAGAUCCAACUAUGGCCCAUUUUAAGGUUUCUCAUGAUGCGAUGAACCCUAACAAAAUGUCCAGAUCUUCUGGCAGAAAAAUAGUCCCAAACAUUAAAAAGCCACAACUAUAUUUACUCAUAUGGCUAUCUCUCUGUGUGCACCAAAUUUACCUCUAUUUUUUGUUUUUUUCUAACCAUAGAACACAAUCCCAUUUAAUGUUCCAGUAGUGUCUUGCAAACUGAAGACACUUGAUUUUUGUUGGAUGAGAGUAGUCUUUUUUCAUGAAACCUUUCCAAACAACUUGUGGUGAUGUAGGUGAUGUUAGACUGUAGUUUUGGAGACUUUCUGACCCCAAGAUGCAACAAACUUCUGCAGUUCUCCUGCUGUGAUCCUUGGAGAUUUUAUGGCCACAUGAACCAUAUUCUUCACAGUGCAUUGAGACAAUAUAGACACGUGUCCACUUUCAGAUUGAGUCAUAACGUUUCCAGAUAACUGGAACUUCUUAAUUAUUGCUUUGAUGGUGUAAAUGGGCAAUGUGUUUGCUAUUUUCUUAUAGCCACUUCCCAUUUACUGAAGUUCUUAAACCUUUUGUUGCACAACACAGCUAUGUUCAAUGGUCACAUUGUGACGAAUAACUGAGGAAAUUUUGCCUAUGCGUUACCUCAUGUUUAUACACCUGAAAAAUC